CUUUGCAUCCAAACACUGUCAAUUGUAUUAUCACGUGACCCGGUGACGCCUGUCCCCUGCACACUGUUAUCGCCUAAAAUUCCUUCUCGACAUCUGACUUUUCACUUCUUACUCGUUUCGUCUCGUGCACGCUAUUCACAACAAUCCCAGAAUCUACUUUUUUGUGUUCGACAUAAAUUUACUUUUCUAACGAUUCCAAGGUAAGUUUGUUAAUAAUUACUGACCUAUUAAUUUCGUGCGGCCCAGGACUAAAACAUGCGAAAUGACACGAAAUCGAAGUUACCUGGCCGUCUGACGUGCGUCUAUUACUUGUACCAAAAUGACAUUCCCCCGCACACUUCCUCCGCCUCCGCAAAUUGUUUGACGAAAUACCAAAAAACAUAAAUAAUUUUGUAUUUUCGUUUAUUUGUAUUAGAACACAACUUAAAAUCAAUCCAAAUGGCUCCUCCAUCAUACAGCGAUCUAGGUAAAGCGGCACGUGAUGUGUUCAACAGCGGUUAUGUGUUCGACGUGCUCAAAUUGGACUUGAAGACCAAUCAAAACGUGGAAAUUAAGGCCGGUGGUACUCAGCAUUUAACGUCGGGUGCCGUUAACGCUAAUCUUGAAACCAAAUACGUGGUCAACAAGUCUAAAUAUCGUAAGUGGUUUUUGAACGUAUGUAGGUAUGAACAACACUUUUGUUACCUGCCUAAUUUAAUAAAUUUAAAGUGGUUAUGCAAGAUGUGCCCAUUCGUUUUAAUAAAAAAUGUAUAAUAUAUUUUUUAUCCCAAUUAGUUUUCACUUUUGUUGAGAAAUGGAACACAAAUGAUAUUAUGACAUCUGAAGCUUCAAUAAGCGGUCUGUUACCUGGUGUCAAAGUAUCAACAGAUGGUACAUUUGACCGUAAGAAGCAGUAAGUUGAAAUUGGAUUCACUUUAAAAUCGUCAAAUAAACACAAUUUAAUAUAACUUGUUAUAUUUUUCAUUUUUUUCUCAAAGAACUAAAGUUGUACGAGUGAAAUCUGAAUAUAAAAAUGAUCUUAUCUCACUCAACUUGGACACUGAAUUCAAAGCACUAAAACCUGUAAUCACCGCUUCUGCUGUACUUGCUUACAACGGUAAAUAGCUUGUACAAUAAACACGCUUUAUUUAUUUAAUAUCUGAAAUUAUAAAUUUGUAUUUUGCUUUAGGAUGGUUGGGAGGUUUAAAUGUUAAAUAUAGUACUAGUGACAAUGUAUUGCAGUCCAACCAUGUCGCUCUUAGCUAUAUAGCUAAACAAUUUGUAUUCACAACCACUGUGUAAGUAAAUUAAUCAUCAAUUAAUUCAAUAUUUUCCUUUUUGAUUUGUGAUAGUAUUAGUUAAAAUAAUUAAGGAACAUAGUUUUCAUAGAAUUACUAAUUUAUCAAUAAUAAUAAUAAAAAAGCUGAUACUGUGGAUAGAUGCAGCCUAUUGUGGGGGGUAAUUGGAAUGGUAUAAUACAUAUAAUUAUUUUAUUUAUAUCUGUACGCAACGAUAAACCAUAGCAAACAAUUUGGAGAUAAUUUGAAAUGAAUUAUGAUUUUAAUCAAAAUUGAUGAAAUCAAUGAAAAGAAAAUUCAUUGAACUCAACUUUGUUUUUAGACCACUAAGUACAACGUAUGUAUUGUGCUUUAUGUUAAAUUAUCUAGCAUUUUUUUUUAAAUCUUAUAAUUUUAAGAACAUACCUACCUAAUAAAAACGCAUAUUAAAACACUGAUAUAAAAUAUUAAAUAGCUAUACUCUGUGCCACGAAAGAAAGCAUAUGGUGGCGUACCAAAACUCAUAUUUUCAUGCAUACCCACUACAAAACAUGACCAACCGACUUAAUGGUGUGUGAAAUUUGUUAUUGCUCGGAUGUGUGACUGUAUGCGCUCUCUCAUGGUACAAAGUAUAGAAUUUAAGUAUUUUGUAAAAACUAUAUAUAAAGGUGGGAACAGACUAUUGUCACGUCAUGUGAGCUCACGUGUGUCACGUUGGCAUAUUUUAACUGUGAUGUCAUGCUCUAUCACGUCACAGUUUUGUUCAGUCACUUUUGACUGUACAGCUGUGUUGAAUGAACGCCACUGUUUGUGUACUGUGUUCACACACAUUUUUAUUUUAUAAUUAAUUUAAAAUGGAUAGAGAAACUUCAGAUAGUUCAGAGUGGGAAGAAGAAUUGGAAACAGCAGCUAUAUUUGUGGUUUCAGAUGAGGCAAAUAAAAAAAACCGCCCGAUCAAUCUGGGUACAUGAAAUCGAUAAAAAAAAAAAAAGGGAACAAUUGGCCGAAUUCCAUUUGGUUCAUGAAUUACAAAACAAACCAAGACGGUUUCACAUGUUUUUCCGGAUGCCAAAAGAAGAAUUUGAUUAUUUGCAUGAACUUAUUAAACAAAACAUACAAAAGCAAAAUACUCAAUUUCAAAAACCUAUUAACUAAUUAUUAUUACAUGAUGUUCGCGAACUUUUUCAAUGAGAAGUUCGUCCAUAGUAAAAAUUUUAAUUUUUGUUUAAAGUUAAUGAACUAGCUUAAAAUUGUUCUUAAUAUUAAGAGCGUUUCAAUUAUACGUACAUACAAAUUAUGAAUAAUAACAAAAUAGACAAAAUUUGUGAGCUCAUGCAGUUGAAAAUGUGUGUGAAGUUAGAAAAUCAAAACGUGACAUCACGGUUCAUCAUGCGUGAGGUAGGAAAUGUGACAUGACACGCGUGAGGUGACAUUAAUGUGGUGCUGAUACAUUAAAAUACUGUACAAACCUAUAUCCUACACUUUUUUCUCGUCAUGUAAGCUCACGUGACAUGACAAUAGUCUGUUCCCACCUUAAGUCUCUACAAUAACUUUAACCAAAUAACAACAAAACAACAAUGUUGUACAUUUUGUCCUUUUUCUCAGUCUUUUGUAACUAUAAGGUAAAUCAAACAAUGUCUUUCUUAAUCACAAACAAAACCAACAAUUUUCUCAGAAAAUAUAUUAUUUUUGAAAUUUAGACAAAGAUUUCUAACAGAAAAAAUUAUCUUAAUAAUUUUAAUUAAUGAAGUAGUUUCACCAUAAUUUAAAUAUUGCAUUUUUCUACUUGGUUUUUCCCAGUUAUUAUAAUAGUUAAUUUAGAUUUCAAAAAACUAAUUUUUUAUCAUUAGGUAUGUUUAUAGAAACAAAAUCUAUCUCUUAUAAUUUUCUAUUGAAGCUAAUAAAAUCAGUAAUGCCGUGGCCCUACCUAAUAUUUACUAUUUUAACUAUACAUUUUCAGAAAAUUGUCUACACUCAUUACUUUAGAGUAAGUUUUCUUGUAGAAAAGUUGUUCACAGAUAGAAAAAAAAACAGUACAACAAAUAGAUCCCUUGCUAUGUUCCAAAUUUUAAAUUUUAAAUCCAUUAUACUACUUGAACCACCUGUUUAGCAUAAAAUAAUUAUGUUAUCAGAGAUUCUUAAUGUAAUCACAGAUUAAUUUAGCAAUACAGUAAUGUAUUAAAUUAUUUUAAUAUUGUGUAAUAUUUAUGUGUAGCAAUGAUAACAAAAUAUUCGGAGGUUCAGUUUUCCAAAAAUUAUCUGAUCAAUUGGAUUUGGGACUCCAAGUAUCUUGGUCUUCAGAGAAUAAUGAUUCAUCCCUUGCUAUUGGUACACAGUACCAACUUAACAAAGAAGUUAAAUUGCGUGCCAAGAUCAACAACAAGAGUCAAUUGUGCCUAGGUUCUGGGAUUAAAGUUAAAGAUGGUAAAAGAUCACAAUCUAUUUGUAAACAAAUAAACCAUUUACUUAUAAACUUUUAUUUUGUUUUAGGUGUCACAUUAUCAUUGGCCAGCUUAUUUGAGUGUCGCCAAUUCAAUCAGGGCGGUCAUAAAUUCGGUAUUGGCUUGGAACUUGCCUUAUAAGCAUUGCCUUACAUACCUAAACUUUGCGUAGACAAGAUGUAUUGUCAGUAAACGUAGGAUUAUAUAAAGGAUAAUCAUAAGAGUAUUUGUAUCUACAUUUAAAAAAAAUUUUCAGUAUAUGUAUUUGUUUAAAAUUAAUUAGGAAAAAUACAAAUUUAUAUUAUUUUGCUCCAGUUUAAAAUGUCAUUUGAUCAUUUAAAUGUUUAUUCAUCCAUUCACGUGUGGUUGGGUCUGCAGACAUGAGUUCAAUUAUAUGAUUAACGUGAUAACAAAGAGCUUCAAUUUUCUUGUCCCAAGACGGCAACAAUUUUUGAGCUAUCAAAAGAAAUUAUUUAAAAAUAUUAUAAACUAGACCAUUAUUAUACGAAUAUGCUGCUUACAUUUAAAAUGAACAUAACAUUCUAUCUGAUCAAUUGAACCUUCCAUGCGUCCUUCUGAUAUCAUUUGUCCUGCUAUCUUUUCUGCUUUGCUUGGUUCAAUACCCAAUAAACGACCAAGUUCUUCAAUUUUCAUAUUUUUGUACAGUUUACUGGCUGAUAACAGAUUGUGUUGAAUAAUAGCUCGAUCCAAUAUGGUUGAACCUAAGAUAUUUAAAUAUUUUAUUUAGUGUACAUUUUUAGAAGGCAAUUGCAAAUGCAAUUAAUUUACCAUCUACAGUUUUUGCUUUCUGAUGCGGUUGUAACAUUGCAUCUAGUCUAGCUAUUUCAUUUGGUCGUAUUAUUCUAUCCAAGUACAUUUUUUCAAGGAUCGAGAACUCUGCUAAACUUUGACAUCUUUCAUCUUUGAAUAAUGUCGCCAACAUUCGACUACGUUGUUGACCUAAUAACAUAAAAUUAAUAAAUCUGAUUAUAAUAAGUAUAAAAUAUAUUUCUUACCAGCAGAUGCUAAUACUGUGCAAAUAAGAGCAUUCUUUAAAGCUGUCAUACGCUCCUCUUCAGUUAUAAUUGAUUUAUAUGACAAUUCAUUGUACCUUUGAGCAGCUUCAAUAAACUUGCGACGGAAAUCCAAUACCCUUGCAUAACAUACUUUAUAACAAAUUUGCAAUUUUUCGUUUUUGGAUUCAGUCUAAAAAUUAUAAUUAGUAUUAUUGUUAAAAAAACCUAGUUAUUUUAAUAUAACAUUACUUGCAAUAAUGAAGCUCUAUUGAUGUAAGAUUCUGCUAACAAAGGAUCAUCAUCUUCCAAGUAAAGACGUGCAAUUUUCAUAUAAGUUUCCAGUUUAUAAUCAACAGUAUACUUCCUAAAAUGUAUUAAAUUUAUUUAUUUGAAGAAAACAAUUAAAAACGAAUAAAUACUUACUUUUGUCCGGUUUCAAGUGGUAUGCCAACAAGUACUGCUGCUGCUUCUUUCCAAUUGAGUUCUCUUUCAUAAAUUGACGCUAAAUGUUGACGUACAUUGGCUACUUGCUCUUCAAAAGAAAUUACUCUUGGUUGGAUCUAAUACAAAUAUCAAAGGUUAAUUAUUUUGAAUUAUUUAAAAUUCAGUAAAUAUCACUUUUUCUAGUGUAAAAUGAGCUAAUAAUUUAGACUGCGCAUCAGCCAAAUCUGGUAAAAGUUGUGUACUGACAUCAGAUAAUAUUUGACGAGAUAUCACUAAACUGACGUUUUCAUUAACAACUAAAAAGAGAUUAAGAUUAUUUAUUAUUUAAUAAUUCAUAGAAUUUUAUUUAACAUCUACUUACUGGCUUCAACAAAUACUUUCAACGCUUCAAUAACAUUGUCGCCGGUAUUUGACAAAACAUUGUUCAAUAAAUUUCUGUAUCUGUGAAUAAUACAAUUACAUAUGGUUAGUAAACAAUGUAAUAAAUAUUUUAAGUGCGUAAUGUCCAACAAAACUAAAUCUUACUUAUCAACUUGAUCUUUAUGACACGUUUGUGCGUUGGCUAAAAGACUUAAAUUUUGACGAAUUUGGGCAAUGCUAAGAGACAUUUUUUUUUUUAUUAUUAUCCUAUAGAAAAUUAGGAAAUUUAGUUAUAACACUCAAAACAAUAAUCGUAGUAUCGUACAAAAACAAAA